AUGUCCCUCCAAAGCCCUUCACUCUUCGCAGGGAUCGAGGGCCUACCACUAGGUCUGAUUCAAUCCGCAAUUGAGUCCGACAUUCUCUCCAAACCGCUCGGCUCCCACGAGGCCCUUCAUUUCUUUUUUAAAGAACUCAGGAAAGAGAGUCCGCACCCUUUGAUUGAACAGGCAAUCAAAACGGUCUUGGAAAGCCCAUCGCUACGGCAAAAGAUCGAGGUUCAGUGGAAUCUCUGCCACGAUUACAACCAUGCCAAAAGCCGCCAGCAUUUGAUGAAGGAAGAUGCCCCCUAUGAUCUGGCCUCGUGGUCUAUCGAAAAUUGCUAUCCGUGCUUUAAGUUACUCUUGGAUCAUCAAACAGUUCAGCCUUCUUCAUUUUGCCAAGCUGGCUACAGCUUCUUUUGGCUCGCAGUCAGAAGUGACCAACUUGACUCGAUGCAACACCUCCUGUCUUUGAUGGAGCCUAAAGAUCUUUUGAGUCCUGUUCAGACGUGGGAUGCGGAUAGAGAGCGAUGCACAAUCUUCCAGGCCUCUACAUGGAAUCGAAACUGGUUUCGGGCGUGUUGGACACGGCUUAAACCAUUACCGAACAAUGGUCUUACUUCACUUGGGCCAGAUGAAAUCGGGAAUAUAUGGCAAUUUGCCAAUGUGGAACUUGCAAACGAGUUGUUAGACUCAGGCCUAGAUCUAGGAAAACCUCACCCUAAAAACGCAUCACCUGGUUGGUUGGAGAUAGUGGAUCAAAUAGAUCCACAGCCAAUGUUUGAUUGGCUCUUGAGCCGUGGCCACCGACCCCCCGGAAAACUCCUGACGUACGCCGCAAAAUACAAUGACAUUCUCGGGGCGAGCUGGAUUAUGCGCUAUACUGAAAGCUACUGGGAAUUGAGUGAAGCUGCACUUGUAGCGGCGGAAAAUACACAAAACAGAAGCGCAGAAAUACUGGAAAUGAUACUGCAAACCCUAACUGCAAAGUGGAAAGAUAACCGGACUCUGUCAGAAAAUAUUGUGAUAAAAAUUGUCAACGGAGUGUGCCAUGAAUGGGGAGCUAUGCAAUCACAUGACUCCUUCCAGGAAACUUUGGCAGAAAUGGAGGAUACAGCAGUUCGAAAGAUUCAAGCCCUAGGUGAAGUAGUUGGGAACGUUCGAGUCCUGGGUAUGAAGAUCACGGCGGAGGAUGCUGGACUACAUCACCUUGCAACGGCUCUAGAGAAAAUAGACUCUCCCUUGUAG